AUGGACACAGGAAUCGACCACUACAAGGUCUUGGGGCUGCCGUCAGGGGAGGAAGGGUUCAAGCUCUCGCAGAAGGACAUCGCCAGAGGAUUCAAACUCAGGGCGCUGAAAUUGCAUCCCGACAAGAGGCCCGACGAUCCGAACGCGAAGCAGAAGUUUCAGAAGCUGAGCGAUUCGUACGAAGUUCUCAAGGACGAAAGUCUUCGCAGGAGGUUCGACGAUCUCGUCCGGAUCAAGAUUGCGAACCGGCGGGAAGCGGCGCGCCGGCGGCGCGCUCGAAAUAUGGCGGCGGCCUCUGACGCGAAGAAGAAUGGCGGCGCUCCUCCUCCUCCGGCAGGUUCCCAGGAAGGAGUGGGGAAAAAGAGGAAAAAAGCAGCAGGAGGAGAAGAGGGAGCUAGUAAUAGUAUCAGUAGCUUGUUGGAGGAAGCGUACAAGGUUGUUCUGAGAGAUAGUAGCAACUGCCCCUGUUGUGCUGACAGAAGGAGACGAGCUGAAGAACAGAGAGAGUGGGAUUUCGUAUACUAG